GCCAUAAUCAGAACGCCGGUAAGGACGACCAUGGCAGCAUGAACAUGGAUAACCUUAUUCUCGUUUGCAGUUUACUUGCAAUCAAACUCAUUUUUGCAGAGUGUAAAAAGUGUCUUCGAAAUGAUGACAUCGGUCCGCGGGAAGGGAACAUCUAUAUGUGCAAUGACCCGGACCUCCCCGAGUGUUGUGAGGUGGAGAACAAGUUCACGUGCUGUGAGGUACCAACGUCAACCACAUUUCGUGAGCAGACGCAGUUAUGGGGGACUGUGGCAGUGUUUACCUUGGCCCUGUUGAUUGUCUAUAUCUACUACAGCAAAGACACCUACUCCUCCGACGAGACCUGCUGCGGAAAUUCCGCCUCUUGCUGCUGCUCUGGCAUUUGUUCUAAGAUAGUUAACAAGUUCUGUCGAUGCAGAAAGUACGACAUGGACCACAAAAAUGGAGAUCAUAAUACCAGUCAUGUUGAGAAUGGCUAAUGUUUAAACUCAAGACAAUUUAUCUUAAAAAAGUAGAUAUUUCUUACAUCGUGUUAUAGUAUAGUUUACUGAAGUAUACUACAAACUGGCGGGGUUUUGUUAAAUACAAAUCAACGAGAUAUGGCUUAUUAAACAAUUUGAAACAAAUGACACACACACAAACAAAAAAGAAUAUAAGAUAAGAUAAGAUAAAAGUCAUGCUUAUAGACUAUUAACUACUAACAGAGUAAUUAUAGAAAGUGUCCAGUAUUAAGAAUAUGUCCAGAAGUCAAAGGUAUGAAACUACUUUGAAUCUUCAUAUAUUAAAGUAUUGCUCACCGUAUGUUUUGUCUAUUUAUGGUACCUUGAGCUAAUGUUUUAGAACAUAUUGUUUCUGUUCUGUUUAACAAAUAUCAUUUAACCAUCCUAGCUAAAAGUACACCUAGUUUGAAGUACAGGUUAUCAAGGUAUGGCCAGACCUUUUUUUACACUUAUUGCACAUUGUUACAUCAAUGGAAGUGUCUCCUUUAUAUCAUAUUCCUUGUAGUAUGGUUACCAAAUAUAUAUUCGUUGAUUCUGCUAAAGAUAUAACAUAAUAAGGUUAGAAAGAGAAAGUUUCAAUUCAUGUUUUUUGCGAUGACGAUAAAUUCCCUGUUCACCGCACACAAUGAUAUAACACCGAACUGUUAUGACGAAUCUGGUCAUUAUUGUAUAAAAUCAUGUAAAUAAAGCUAAUGUCAUCUACAUAUUUUUCCGUUUAAAGUCAUUAACAUUGAUCCCAAACGCUUUACGGAGUUUUACAGUUUGAUUUGUGUGUUCUACCUAUCAUUAAUGUCAAGUGUUUUUGUUUCGUAAGUUUUAGAAUCAUGUUAAACGCUGUAUAAGUUUAUUUCGGUCAUAGCCAAUUUAACGGUUAAUGCUAAUGUAUGCAAAACGAUAUACCAUUAGGUUGUUUCAAAAGGUUGGUUGGUCUGCAUGUUUUCUUAGAAUCGACAGUUGGCUUUAAAUCAAUGUUCACAACAAACAAGUCCACAUAAUGCAGCCGAUUCACUGGUAUUGUGUGGGCACUGAUAUUUUAGAUCGUCAGGUAUUUUUGUCCUCAGUUUCCAAUAACAGUAAACUACUGUACAUUUGAUUUUAAUGUUAAUGUUCAGUUUUUUGUUGUUGUUCUUGUUUCCCAAGAUUAUUGCCCUUUUUAUCAUUAUACAACAA